UGACAACAUGUGUGUUGCCAUGAAGGCAGAUGGGGGCUGGGAGGUAUCGAACUGCACCCAAAAGAGACCAUUCAUCUGUUACAGCGACGUACCUGGUAAUUCCUCUAGGUACACAUUGAUUAAUCAACACAAGAGUUGGUGUGAGGCUCAGGAAUAUUGCAGAGAGAAUUACACUGACCUGGUAAGCAUCAUAAACACAGAGCAGAACAACGCUGUACAUGUAUAUGCCGAAAGGGAGGCAACUCACAAUUCUUGGAUUGGUUUGGAGUGGUCUAAUGGAGGACAGUCAGGAUAUAAGAACUGGAGCAAUAAAGCUUCACUUUGCGAUAGAUGGAUGCCAGGAACCGCCAGCAACACACCACUCAUCUGCUACAAAGACCACAUCCAUAUCAGUGACGUUAGCAUGACCUGGGAGGAGUCUCUGGAAUACUGUCGGGGAUUCAACGGCUCUUUCUGCAUUCUGUCAGAAAAAGAGCAACUGGCCGCCAAGAGGCUGAUGAGAAGGCUCAACAUCACAAAACCGGUGUGGUUGGGUCUGCAGCAGAGCAGCUUCCUCGGGUUCUGGGUCUGGACCAUUGGACAGACACUGGCCUGGAACAACUGGAAGGGUGGGCAGGUGCCCCGGCUGCCCCUCUCCCAUCACUGUGGUGCCCUGACGUCCGAGAAGGAUGAUUUCAAGUGGGCUGACAUCAACUGCAUGACCAAGCAGCGGGCUCUUUGUUACGACUGGGUUGUCAAUGAGUAAUGGUUG